CUUCGUAAUAAUCCUCAAAUUAUCUUCGUCAUCCGCUCAACGGACACCACCCAAAAUAUUCCCCUUCACGAACUCCCAUUCUCCACACCUCGGCCGAGUAGCAAUGGCGCUCGCCGGUAGUUUGAGCCGGAUCUUCUGCAGCACGCCUCAGGGGGCGCCGUGCAUCCGCACCAUGCUCCUCCGGCCGCCGCUAAACCCUUUGUCUCCUCCGCGGCGAGCCUCGAAUUUCACCGUCUCCGCGAAGGUGUCGAGGACCGGAAAAUUCGACAGCAAGAACCGGAGAAACAGUCCUUUCACGACGACUAAGGAGGAAGAAGAAGAAAAAGAAGGGUCUUUAGGAGAGGAAGUGAACGGCGCCGACGAGUUUGGUGCCGCCGCCGUUGAUGAUGGAUUUGUCGUGCCGGAGCUUCCUGGGGAUAAGCCGGACUUCUGGGAAGGUCCCCAGUGGGACGCUCUAGGGUUUUUCGUUCAGUACAUGUGGGCUUUUGGCGUUGUUUUCGCGGUUAGUUCUGUGAUAAAAGAUUCUGGCCAUUAUGAAAGGUUAUAUGAGAGGAAGUAUGACGCUUCUGGUGGAAAAUGGAUAGCCAAGACUUUUGAGAAGAAGUUUAUCUCUGCUAAAGCUGCCGAGGCUCUUAUUUUAGUGACAAAGUUAGUUGCUUGUGGUGUAGCUGUGGCUACGUAUAACGAGGGAGCAACAGAUUUCAAAGAAACUCCCGCUUAUAAGGAAGCAAUACAAUCACGGGACCUUGAUGAAUUAGAUGAUGCUGCCACCUCAGAUGUCUUCGAGUCGAACCCAACAGAAGAAGCACCUAGCUUGGAGUAGAUUUUUUUUUCUAAAACAUUUUUUCUUCAACUUUUUUUAAAACAUAUUGUUGAAAGAAAUAUGUAUAGGCAUUGGAGUAUAUGUCUUCAAGCGUUCGCCUGUAGCCUUUUACCUUUCGAAAUUCUUCCGUGUGUAAUAUUCUUACUCUCCUUUUCAAACUAAUCAAUAUUUUGGAGAUGGGAUCCCUUUGGUUUCACAAGUUUUUCAGUUCGCGAUGUGUGUAUUCGUGUUCUUAGACAUUUGUUUGCCGCAUACUAAUAAGUUAUAACUCCCUCUUUGUUUUGUUAAGUUCUUCCCAUUUUCACUUUGUUUGCUAGCCCCUUUUGACUCUCGUGUGAUGGGUUUGUUUGGACUGUGGAUAAAAACAUGAGUUAUCUAACUAAAGGUUUUAACACUAGUUGUGACAUUGUUAUUGAGUAAAGCAGGGACUUUUUCAGUGGGCAUGAAGUUAUGAACCGAACCAUCUAAUUCUAGAUUCGUCAUUUUUCUAUAUUCGAGCAUGAUGAGCUGGCAUUAUACAAGCAACAGCUACAAUCAGCAUCAGCAUUAGCUUCGACAUGUGAUGUUUUGCCUUCAGACUCACUUCUGCACUUUGAUGUAAGCCGAUGCCUUUGAAAUUCGGUCUAUGAGUCAUAGUCACCAUUGGAGAAGAAGCUGGA